GGUUCCUUCCCUUCAGAAUAAAAGAUAUAGGACUGAACUUAAACAAGUUCUCUCUCUCUCUCUCAUGUUCAUAUCUUUUCCAAUGAAUGUCCUUGAAUUUUCUCUUUCCCUCUUCAUUAUUAUCAUAUGUUUCACUUAUUCUACAUGGUACCUUACAAGUAGAUGGUGCAAAACCUCAGUGCCAACAAAUUGGCCUCUCAUUGGAAUGUUACCUGGGCUUAUUCAAAAUGCUCAUCGUGUCCAUGAAUUUGCAACUGAUGUUCUUAUAGAAACUAUGGGCACAGUUGAGUUUCACGGUCCUGUUCUUGCCAACUUGAAUAUGUUAAUUACUAGCGAUCCUGCAAAUAUCCACCAUAUCCUUAGUAGAAAUUUCUCAAACUAUCCAAAGGGGCUUGAGUACCGUAAAAUAUUCGAUAUAUUAGGAAAUGGGAUUUUUAAUGUUGAUUAUGAGCUAUGGGAGAUUCAUAGGAAGACCACUAUGUCCUUAACGAGUCAUCCCAAGUUCCAAAUUUUAUUAGAGAGGAACACGUGGGACACUAUUGAAAAAGGGCUUCUACCAAUUCUUGAUGAUUUUGCUAGACAAGGCACCCCAUUCGAUUUGCAAGAUAUUUUUCAAAGAUACAGUUUCGAUGCUAUUAUCAAACUGUUACUUGACCAUAAUCCAAGAAGUUUAUCCAUUGGUUUGCCUCAUGUUCCAUGCGAAAAGGCAUUCAACGACGCUAUGUAUGCAAUUUUUUAUCGACAUAUAUUGCCAGAAAUCUGCUGGAAAUUACAAAAAUGGCUUCAAAUUGGUAAAGAAAAGAAGCUCAUUCAAGCACAAGAAGCUUUUGAUCAGUUUCUAUAUCCUCGCAUUUCACGUAAGCAACAAGAGUUGAUGAACAAAGUAAUCAAAGACAAGGACUUCGAUAUAUUCGCUGCCUACGUACAAGCAUACUAUCAAUGGAACAAUCGAGAUUCGAGCAAUAUACAAGAAUUUUUAAGGGACACUUUCUUGAGUUUGAUAUUUGCUGGGAGAGACACCACAAGUACAACUCUCACUUGGCUUUUCUGGCUCUUAGCCAAAAAUCCCUUAGCAGAGACAAGGAUUAGAAAAGAAAUUCAAAAGCAAUUGCAUCCAAUAAAAGAAGAUGAUAACCUCAAGUUUUUCAACGUAGAAGAGUCACGAAAACUCGUUUAUUUACAUGGUGCGUUGUGCGAAGCUCUUCGGCUAUUUCCACCAGUUUCAAUUGAGCAUAAAGUUCCACUUGAUUAUGACAUUCUUCCGAGUGGUCACCGUGUCAGUCCAAACACGAGAAUUGUGCUAUCCUUUUAUACAAUGGGUAGAAUAGAGAGUAUAUGGGGAAAAGAUUGCUUAGAAUUCAAGCCCGAGAGAUGGAUUUCAGAACUAGGAAAGAUUAAACCUGAGCCAUCUUUUAAAUUCCCAGCAUUUAAUGCUGGUCCAAGGACUUGUUUAGGGAGAGAAAUGGGAUUCAUUCAGAUGAAAAUGGUGGCAGCCACAAUCAUACAAAAUUACCAUGUCCAACUAAUGGAAGCUCAAACCAUUUCUCCAAGUGAUUCUAUUGUCCUUCAAAUGAAAAAUGGUCUGAAAGUUAGGCUCGUUAAUAGGGUUCCUCUUCGGUCCAGCUAAGUGUCCAUUCAUAAAUUGAAGUACCUUAAUCAAAAUAAAAUGUUAAACUGAUGCUGUAUGUUUGUGUAUUCUUGUCCCUUUUUUUAUUUUUGUUGUUGAUUUCACACCCUUAUAAUCUUGAACUAUUUUAGAGAACUCAAAUGAAGAUGUUCUCUUUCUUAA